GAUAAGAAAAUUCGGAGAACUGCGUCGCGCGCGCAUUCACGUGCAUGCGGUGCUGCGAGUCUGGUCAACCUUGGAAGGAGGGUGUGGGAUAGCGCCUCUUUAUUUGGUCUUUGCACGACGGUUUGGUACACCAAGGCGAUGGGAGUGUGCAUGGAGGAUAGGCUUGUGGUUACGCCGUGGCGCGGGGCGGAGGAGCUGCGAGAGCUGCGGCGGGAUUUGUUCAGUCGGGGAGAGGGUGUGGAGGGGGAUGGGAGGGGGAGAGCGGUGGGCAAGAUAUUCGCCUGGCGGCUGCGGAAGGCAGAGCUACCCCUUCUGCUGGAAUCCACGGCAGAUCUCAUGGAUGCAAUACUGCAAGAUGAGCAGGAUAGACUGCCGCAUAACGCUUUGCGGCUUCUGUAUGCUACUGCUAUCUCGAGGUUCGUAACCGGCGUAUCCGACACGCGCACCGAGCUCUCCCGCGACCGCCCCUCCUGGUUCCCCCCCGAAAAGUCGCUCCAAUUCCCAGUCACCCUCCUCGAGACGCGGCACUGCAUCGUGCAUCGGCACCUCCCCUCGCUCGCGGAGCUAAAGCGCGCUGCGAAAGAGAGCCUCGACUGGCUCUGGGAAUGGUAUUGGUCGCAUCUCGACGCCGCCUUUGCGAGCGGAAGGCAUGAUGAACCGGGGAGUCUGGGGAGCGCAGAGGUGAGGGGGAGACUGCAGGGCGUGUUGAAGACGUAUGUCAAGGAGCGGAAGAGCGAGAUCAAGAGUAAGAAGGUGGAGAGGGAGAUGAAGGCGGCAGAGGGCGCAGUGGCGAGCUAUCUCUUCCUCGAUGCGCCUAGAUCGCGGACGGAGGGCGUACUUGUGGAGCUCCUAGUCGAGGAGACGACUGUCUUGCCCGUCGACAGGCGGCUCGGGACGAGUAUGUCCGGCGCUUUUCUCAUCUGGACGCCGUUCCUGCUCGCGCUCUCGGAAUCUGCAUCCUCCUUUCUUCGGACGCUGCUCGACCGGAUGAUUAGCGCCAUAAGCGCGACGACGUCGAGGGGCACAGUCAGGCCCGAGCUAGACCCGGUAAGAGAAGGUUUGUACGAGUGGCUGCUGCACAUCCUCUCCUCGCAAGAAUGGCAUCAAGCACGCCAGCGCUCGAAACGCCCUCGAUCUCGCUCUCUGAAUGCUGAACAGAAACUGCGAGACCACGUCCUCGGGCUGUGCUUCGCGGCACCCACGUUCUGGACGCUGAAGCUGGUAGAGGCAUUGCUCAAAGAGAGUUCACCGGGACAGGAAGGGUGGCUCAGGAUCUUGGAGGCCGCUAAGGGCGACGAGCCCAUGGAGAGCGAGGGAGUGCAAGGAGUGGCGCCAGAGCCGGGAGGGGAAGAGAUGGAGGUACAGGCCGUUGAAAGGGCACGGUCUCUGUCACUGAGCAACGAAGGUGCUACGGUGAUGAAGAUGCGGGGGCCGCAGAAGAAGAUCGGGCUGUGGAGACCGCAGCCCAUUGGCAUGAUACCCAAGGGAUGGGAGCAUGACGAAUAAUAUGGGAACGCUCGCAA